AGCGUAGGUUACCUGCAGAGAGCAGAGGCCACGCGGAGGGGAGGCCGGUUGUCCGAAUCACCUCAAGUUAACAACUGCCUCCCUAACAUCUCAACGGCUUUCUCUCUCUCCCUGUCUCUCUCCUGUUUAUGCCAGCAAAGGUACAGGAGACUUUACACCGACUUGCCUUGUAGGCUAAUCGUCGGGAGACAGCUUCAGAAUGAAUGUGAACGCGGACGCUCACGCCUCCCAAAGCACCUAUCCCAUCUGCUCCGUCUGUCAGAAAAUGAUCUUCGACAAGGUGACGAGCAGAAGUAUCCAUCGACUGUAUUCCUCUGGCCCCAGCUCCUUUAUACCAGAAGAGGAGAUAGUGGAGGCCUGGUCCCUGGAUACGUGGCUAGUGGAGCCUCACACUGAACUGCUGUUAGCCGAGCUCUGCUCUCCCAUUGGCCGGGUGGAUCACCUGACCCAAGUGAUGGGCCUGCAUCCACACUACCUGCAGGCUUUCCUGCGCUGCCAGUUCUACCUGCUGAGGAGAGACGGGCCCUUACCCCUCCACUACAGACACUAUAUUGCCAUUAUGGCAGCAGCACGGCAUCAGUGCUGGUUCCUGGUUCUACUGCAUGUGCAGGAGUUUUACCGGAUAGGAGUUUGUUUGGAGUGGCUGAAAGGACUGCAAUAUGCCAACGAGAAAUUAAGAAAUCUCAACAGCCUCAACAAAAUACUUGCACACAGACCAUGGCUCAUUACCAAGGAACAUAUAGAGGGCCUGUUGAAAACGGGAGAGAACAGCUGGUCUCUGGCUGAGCUGGUCCAUGCGGUUGUUUUGUUGGCGCACUUUCACGCUCUGGCCAGCUUCAUCUUUGGCAGUGGCAUCAACCCUGACACGCUAGCUCCGGUCAGUUCCUGCUGCACUUGUGAGCUCACCGGAUUUGGCCAAUCAGAGCAGGACAUCCUUCUCAGCAAAAGUCCGGAGAGCGAGUUGGAGUCUCUUCUGGAGAGGAUGAGGAGGCUGCGGGAGGAGAGGGAGGAAGAGGAGGCCUCCGAGGAGGAGAUGGUCAUCCGCUUUGAGAAGGAGAAGAAGGAGAGUCUCUUCGUGGGGUCUACAGACUUUGAUGACCAAAUGAUUUCACCGUCCAGAGUUUCACGUUUUGUCGAAGAUGCUGCCUUUGGUUAUCAAGACUUUGCCCGACGAGGAGAGGACAACCCACCAACAUUUCGCGCACAGGACUAUUCAUGGGAAGAUCAUGGAUUCUCGUUGGUGAACAGAUUGUAUUCAGACAUUGGCCUGCUCCUGGAUGAAAAAUUCAGGACCGCUUGUGAUCUAACCUACUACAACAUGGCAAGCAGAGAGUGUGUGGACACCAGCAUGCUGAGGAGAGCCCUUUUUAACUAUGUCCAUUGCAUGUAUGGUAUCAGGUAUGAUGAUUACGAUUACGGAGAGGUGAAUCAGCUUCUGGAACGCAACCUGAAGGUUUAUAUAAAGACGGUCACUUGUUAUCCGGAGAGGACCACGCGCCGCAUGUAUGACAGCUACUGGCAUCAGUUUCGCCACUCUGAGAAGGUUCAUGUGAAUCUUCUUCUGAUGGAGGCUCGAAUGCAGGCGGAACUGCUUUAUGCUCUUCGUGCAAUCACACAGUACAUGACCUGACAGGGCGAGGUGGUAUCUCUGAGCUACUCCCUCUGUCACUACUAACCUAGGUGCCUGUUUUUACCGCCCCACACUAUCUUUUUUUUUCCUUUUCUUUUUUUUUGUGUGUAUUUUAAAUUGUUUUUAUUUUUACUGGAGCACUGGUGUUUUGAAACAUUAUAAGAAGGAAAAGCCCUCCCAUUUUAUUUGAACCCCAGCAGUCUUAUGCCUAACACUAAAAGUAUGACAUGAGGGUACAUUAAAGUGCUGGUAUCAGUAUUAUUUGUGUACUGAAAGAAGUGCAAAGUGCAAUAUUCCUCCUUAGAACUUUUUUUUAUUAUUAUUUAUAUGGUAAAUAACUAUCACAAAUGUGCAGAUAUUAAUGUUGCCUGAAGAGUAAUACUAUUUAGUUAAGGAGUUUCUUAAAGCAGACUGAAAAUAAAGAUAAAUGACCGCAACGAUAAUAACGAAGAUAAUGGUCCUAAUCAUUCACAGUAUUUGUGGUGGACUGGCCUUCUCAUUCACCAUGUCUACCACACAUUGUCCAGUUCCUCUGGAAUUUAACAGAUGCAAUUUUUCUCUUACUAUUGUAAUAUCACUGCAAAAAAAUGCAGUCAUGGGAUUUCUGCAUUAUUUGCAGUUGCUUGUAUUUAACUCAAAAUCACAACAAACUGACAUUUUUAAGAAUCCCCAAAGGAGACUUAGGUGUCUUUUAGGUGUCACUCAGUCUCUUUUUUCCUCAAUAUUCACAACAAACCCCCUCAAGAUACUAGAGGGACUGCCUAUCAAAUUGUCUGUGAUUUUAGCAGUGUUCAUUCAAAUGGCAGUUGAACUGAUGAGUAUGUCUAGUCUGAAAAAGGUUGAACAUGUGUAAUCUUCACUGGAAAAAAAAAAUCAUCUCACAGAAUUUGCUCCAGUUUUUCAUUCAGAAGUCUCAACAGUUGCUAUCCACUUUGUUUGCAUGAUUGAUGUAGUUUUUAAAUACCCACUGAGCAAAUGAUCAACAAUGACCUGCAACAAUGAUGUAUCCCUUCUUCUGGCCACAAUUAACUUCUAAUUGAAGUUGAAAUUUCAAGCUGUUAACCGCUGAACUUUGUGGUCACUGAAACAUGAUAUUGACCUUCAGAUCCUUCUCAUCCCAAAGGCGAACUAAUAAGAUCUGGGGUCUAUGGUUGCCAAGGUAGCUAAUAGCAGUCAUUGUCAUGUUCAUGGCACUAGAAUGAGAUCCUGUGUGCUUUGUUACAUAAUCUUGGGGAUGACCACUUGAACAGGGUAGACUAGUUGUGAAGGGAUGUGCAUGGUCGGAUUGUGCUCGGUUAAUCCUAAUAGGGGCUGGUGUGUACCAAGAAAACAUUCCUCACACCAGCAUCAGUCUGUACAUAUUGUACGCGGCAGGGUAAAUGGAUUCAUGUUGUUUACAGUAAGCCAAAGUAAAAUUUGUUAUCUGUAUGUUGCCACAGACAUCAGAGCAGAAUUUCCUUAGUGGUUUAAUUUCUUUUCUUUUUUUUCUGCCCCAAAUGCCCAAAUGUAGCUUUAUUUCCUUAAUAAGCAUGAGUGGAAUACGUUGUUAGCCACAGCCUGUUGCUGCUUCAGUCCUACAUGUUGGCCUAUCAGAGAGGCCUCUUUGCACCUGUUUUGAACAUUGGUGGGCUAGAUUGCCUUAUGAGGGACAUUUAUGGGAUUUUUUUUCUCUCGCUCUCUCAUACAUCCAUCUCUUCUUUGUUGCACAGUUCACUGUAAAUAUCAAAAUAAUGUAAUGUUUGAAAACCCUGAGAGUGCAGCUAGACAUCCCCUUGACCUCUUCGACUCCGUUCAUCUGUUUAUGUGCCUUACAGCCAUAUGGUUCGGAGUUCACACAGAGUUGUUUUGUUUAAAUAAGCAGGUGUACCUUGCUGGGCGAUGUCAGUGGACUUUGUGUGUAUUGUAUGGUAUAACUGAUGGAUAAAGAUGCUGUGAACUCAAAUUUGCACCAAAGGUUACGCCAUUUGUAACAUGCUGUGGUGACACUCCACACAGUGAUCAUAUAAUGCUGCUGUUGACCAAUUAUUUGCUUUUCAUGUGCAAUGUAACCAAACCAAAAAAUGACUUCUAUUAUUUUUCUUCUGUCUUAUGUGUUUGUCCAUGUUCAGUAUUUGAAUGUUUGGUUGAUUGUAAAUUAUUACUAAGUUGUAUUUAUCACUACAAAACAAAGCAUAACACAGUCUAAGGAGCUCUUAUGUUGAAAGUUGGGAGUGACGUGUACAGCCAACACCAUCACGGUUGCACAUUUGAUGCACGUUUCAUUCAUUUCAUUGUAUAUUGUUAAAAUGUGAUAUCCAGAUAUAAUUUCAUGUAUAUGUUGUACAUAUUUCUUCUGUGGUGUAUGGUUAAUGUGUACCUGUCUGCCACUACCAACAGUGCCACUGGCCAUAGAUUUUUUUUUUUUUCUGUAUAGAGUGUAUGUGUCUACCAGCGGCAUUUUUUUCUGCCUGAUUAUUUUACCAACACCAAAUUGAAGACCUGGAAUAAAAGAUUUCGCUUAA